CAAUAUUUUAAAUAUAAGAAACCAACACAAACAAAUUAAAGAGCUACCUCUGUCUCUUGUGUUGUCUCUUUAUAUUUCAUCACACUAUAUAACUUACAAACAGCUUAUACAAUUUCAUUCAUUCUCACCUUCUUACAAUCAUGGCUCUCUCUAGUUGCCUCCUUAAACCAAACCAUUCUCUUCUUCAAUGCCACAAAUUCAAAGCUCCAAAUCCAAACCAUGGUUUCAGAAACCAGUUCUGUGUGAUGGCUUCAUCAAGCAGUGAUGGGGAAAGGACUAUUAUAAGGAAAGAAAAAGAUGAAUGGAAGAUCAAUUUCUCUGCUGAAAAACCACCAACACCAUUGUUGGAUACAGUUAAUUUUCCAGUUCAUAUGAAGAACCUGACCACAGAGGAUCUGGAACAAUUGGCUGCUGAAUUGAGGGCUGACAUUGUACACAGUGUGUCAGACACCGGUGGUCAUCUUAGCUCAAGCUUGGGAGUGGUGGAGUUAUCAGUUGCUCUUCAUCAUGUUUUCGACACUCCGGAUGACAAGAUCAUAUGGGAUGUUGGCCAUCAGGCAUAUCCCCACAAGAUUCUCACAGGUAGAAGGUCAAGGAUGCAUACCAUUAGGAAGACAUCAGGACUAGCAGGUUUUCCCAAAAGGGAUGAGAGUGUUCAUGAUGCUUUUGGAGUCGGCCACAGUUCCACAAGUAUAUCAGCUGGUCUUGGUAUGGCAGUUGCAAGGGAUCUGUUGGGAAAGAAGAACAGUGUGAUUUCAGUGAUUGGAGAUGGAGCAAUGACUGCCGGCCAAGCUUAUGAGGCCAUGAACAAUGCAGGAUUCAUUGAUUCUAACUUGAUAGUUAUUCUGAAUGACAACAAGCAAGUUUCUUUGCCAACUGCAACACUUGAUGGCCCUGCAACACCAGUUGGAGCCCUCAGCAGCACUUUAAGCAAAAUUCAAGCAAGCAGAAAAUUUCGCAAACUUAGAGAAGCGACGAAAAACAUCACAAAGCAAAUAGGAGGACAAACACACCUAGUUGCAUCGAAAGUUGAUAAGUAUGCAAGAGAUUUCAUUAGUGGUUCUGGUUCUUCACUCUUUGAGGAGCUUGGUAUGUACUACAUUGGUCCUAUGGAUGGUCAUAACAUUGAAGAUUUAGUCAACAUAUUUGAGAAAGUGAAAGCAAUGCCAGCUCCAGGUCCAGUUUUGAUUCACAUUGUUACAGAAAAAGGAAAGGGAUACCCUCCAGCUCUUGCAGCAGCUGAUAGAAUGCAUGGUGUUGUCAAGUUUGAUCCAAAAACAGGCCACCAGUUCAAGCCAAAACCCUCUACACUGGCAUACACACAGUACUUUGCUGAUUCAUUGAUAAAGGAAGCUGAAAUGGACAAUAAGAUAGUGGCAAUUCAUGCAGCAAUGGGUGGUGGAACUGGUCUAAAUUACUUCCAGAAAAGGUUUCCAGACCGAUGUUUCGAUGUCGGCAUAGCUGAACAACAUGCUGUUACAUUUGCAGCAGGGUUAGCCGCUGAAGGUCUCAAGCCAUUUUGUGCUAUUUAUUCAUCAUUCCUACAACGCGGAUAUGAUCAGGUAGUCCAUGAUGUUGAUCUUCAAAAACUACCUGUUCGAUUUGCGAUGGAUAGAGCUGGUUUAGUUGGUGCAGAUGGGCCAACCCAUUGUGGAGCAUUUGAUAUCACCUUCAUGGCUUGCUUGCCCAACAUGAUUGUCAUGGCUCCAUCUGAUGAAGCUGAACUGAUGAACAUGGUUGCAACUGCAGCAGCUAUAGAUGAUAGACCAAGUUGCUUUAGAUUUCCAAGAGGAAAUGGAAUUGGAGCCAAUCUUCCUCUUAAUAACAAAGGAACCCCGCUUGAGAUUGGAAAAGGCAGAAUUCUGCUUGAAGGAAGCAGAGUUGCGAUUUUGGGAUACGGCUGUAUGGUUCAGCAAUGCAUGAAAGCAGCAGAAAUGCUUAGAGCGGUAGGGGUUUAUGUGACAGUUGCUGAUGCUAGGUUUUGCAAACCUUUGGAUACUGAUCUCAUUAGGCUACUGGCUAGAGAGCAUGAAAUACUGAUCACAGUGGAGGAGGGUUCCAUUGGAGGUUUUGGAUCACAUGUUUCACAAUUCUUAAGCUUAGCUGGUCUCCUUGAUGGACCACUUAAGUUGAGAUCAAUGAUGCUUCCUGAUAGGUACAUUGACCAUGGUGCACCCAAUGAUCAGAUUGAUGAAGCAGGUCUUUCAUCAAAGCAUAUUCUAGCUACAGUCCUCUCCCUUUUGGACAUGCCAAAAGAAGCUCUUUUGUUUAAGUGAAAUUACAAGUCUUGAAUUUAGAAGACUCAAGUUAGCAUAAUUGGUGAAAGGAAACUGUAAAUAACUAUAGUAAUAUUGUUGUUGUAGACUAUAGUUAUAUGAUAUGGGUCCUAUUUUCUUGGUGUUCGGAACAAGAAUCACAUGUGACUCAAAUAGAUUAAUUUUUACUUGCAAGUUGCUAUAUAUUCUAGGGUUUGGAUAUACUUGUAAACACCUUGGAUACAUAAAUCAUUAAGUCUCUUGGUUGAGAGAAGAGAUUCGGUAAAAUGGUAGAAAUUAGGGUUUGCUCUUAGAGAGCUUGUUGAAAGCUAAUUUCUUGUACCUAUUUGUAUCUAUGUAAAGAAACUCUUUGAUAAUGAAUUGGAUAAAUCUCUUUUUUUCCCUAUGCAGGUCAAAUCUGCAUCGAA